CAGCAUAUUACCUGCCUCGUCCCAGUAUGGCGGAGUACCAGUUUGUGUACGUGGACAAGACAGAACAGGUGUGUGCCUGCAGCCAAACCUUCACCUUUUGUAAUCCUAAGCCACUAGAGGAGCUGGAGACUCUCAAAGAGGAGCGAGAAGAGGAGGAUGGAGAGGAGGAGCUGCUCCUGGUGGUCUCCAGGGCCCAGCUGCUGCAGAGUCGUCUAGAGGAGAGCUCAAAAAAACAAACUGAUUUACAGCAGGCUCUGGACGCGGCUGAACAGGAAGCAAAGAAGGAGAAAACAAAAAUCAAAAUGUUGAAGACGGAGUGGAAGAGAGAAAGAGAGCAAAUGAAGGGGGAGAUUCUGCAGCUCAGAGAAAAGCUGAGACAUAACAGUGAGCUGACAGAGGAGACUGAGGGAAAACUGAAGGAUGUGCGAUUUAAUCAAGAAAGUCUUACCUGUGAGUUGAGUAAACUUGUGGCUCAGGCGGCAGAGAGUGAGCAGAGAAUCAAAGAUCUGGAGGGUGAAGUCAGAGUCUUGACUGAAGAGAAGGACGGGGGAACCAUGGAGCUGGAGAGACUGAAGGACAGAUUGAAGAAAAUGUCAACUCAGAUGAAACACAGUGAAGAAAAAAGAAAGUCUCUGCAGGUGGAGAAUGAAGCUGGUCUGGCGGAGGUGCGAGAGCUGCAGGACAGGCUGGAUAUGAGUGAACAUGUCAGUGAGGGCCUGCGUCGAGAGCUGAGGGAGCAGGCCACCCGUAAGACCCAGAUGCACACCGAGCUGCACCAGGCCCGCAUGCACGUGGCCCAGCUGACCCUGCAGCUGUCGGAGGAGAACCUGGUCCUCAGGGAGGAGCGAGCCACCUGGGUCCUGGAGAGAGAGGCUUACAAGCAGGCAGCAGAAACUGCCAAAGCUAAAAUGCAAGACCUGAGCAGUGAGGUGCAAAGGAAGGAGGACUGGCUCCAGGAGGAGAGGAUGGAGAGGGAGAAACUGGAAGCAGAGCUAGGGAGACACAGAGAACAUAACAGAGUGCUGCUCAGUGACUCCCACAGAGAACUGCAAAAAGUGAGAGACAUCCUGAGAAAACUCCAAACAGAGAGAGAGCAGCAGCAUCAGACUCAUGACCUGCAGAGCUACAUCAAGCAGCUACAGCAGAGAUUUGGGACUGAGAUAGAAUCAACAGCAGAGGGAGAAGCCUCAUCAGUGCCGCUGUCUUCUGACUCGUGUUCUGAGGAUGAAACGGACUCUGUCUCCGGGUCCCACAGAUCAGUGUGUUCACCUCUCUUCCUGCUUCAGACACACACCCAGAGUGAAGACAACAGCGACGCCGCUGACGCACAGAACAAGCCGAUGCAGGUAGAGCCUCGAGCCCAAGAACGGAAACAACCGAUGCUACCCGAACUCAUCGACCCCGUCCCAAGUGAACGGAUUGACGCCCCCAUGUGGUAACCUAAGGAACGACAGCUAAACCUACAUUUGGUAAAAAAAAAA